AUGAGUUUGCAACCAGAUCAGACGGUCUCGCAGGAGCCACAGACUGCAUCAAAAAAGGCAGAAUCAAGAUUGAAAUAUGCCCUUGCCCAGAACACUGCUUUGAGGACACUUGAUCGAAAGGUCUUAGACGAAGGCCUUCGAAUGCAAUGGAAAUUUUUCUCCGAGGACGAUAAAAUGUUUGGCUCGUUGAAUAUUAGAGGUGGUUACGUCGCUCAUAAUUUCGGCACCUGGCGUAAAGAUAUUUCAUCGUCCAGCCCCAAAGACAUCCUGAAUUUGAAGCAAUAUCUAGCAAUAAAAGUACUGGCCUUCUGGGAAAAAAAUCCAAACCCAGCAUGGAUUCCGGGCGCGAAAGAAGAACAGGCGUUUGUGGAUGCUUACGAAAAUAUGGUUAAGAAUGUCCAAGGUAUACCUGCAGAAGAGACCGACAACUAUUCUGCUUAUAUGGAGCAUCGUUUACGCUUGGCAACGUCGACUGAUGGCGGAAAGACCCUUGGUCCACUUUUACAUGAAGUACUUUCCAAUAAAGUGAGCAACUCUGAAAUGAGAAUUGCUGCCGUAAGCCCCCCCGGUUCUUCACUUGUGCAAAUGACACAGACUGAAAUUAAGGAACUUAAGUUUCAAGCAGCAAAAGCCUUGCAUCCUGAAAGAUAUGUCAAUACCGAUGACAAUAGUGACAUGAACGUCGAGCAUUCUCGAAAGAAGCGGAAGGCUUCGAAGGAAGUUACAGCAAAGAGUUUAGACGGCAGAAGCUUCGCGCUGUUGGUAAAUAGAUCUUCAAGCAAGAGAAAGAGAAUUUCAGGCGACGAAGCCGAAGACGGUCUGGGGAUGGAGGGAAACAGCAAUGAUGGGGACGAUUCUACUCAAAAACACGGUAGCUAUACUGUCGACGCCAAACCUCUUCAAGAUGGGAAGUCCCAGUCUCAAUCAAGUUCAAAGCAAAACAUCGAGAGUGGGGCAAUGCGAGCAGACAAACAUUUGACAAACGAAUUGCCACCUUCUAAAAGAAGAAGCUUGAUGGUAGUUGAAGAUUAUACAGAAGCAUCGGAGGAAGACGAUGAAAAGACGUCGGUCCCCUUGGACACUCGCAUUUCCGCUCGCACUUCUGGUCUCGGAACCGAUUCUUUUGGCACACGAACAUCUGGUCUUCGCACUUCUCGCCUUCGCACUUUCGAUACUGGUAAUCCUAACACUCGAAACUCUGAAUCCCGCACCCUUCAGGAUCCCCGUAAGUUUAAGUUUUCAGAUUUCACAACACCACUCGCUUCACUCGGCAAACCGAACAAGAAAAGAAAAAUGACGGACGAAGCAGAGGUUGAGGGAUAA